AUGAAUUCUUUGCUUGGAAAUCAACAUCACUUUAUUUUGUAACUAUGGUUGCAAGAAUAGGCAUGAGCUCUCUUUUGAGAUCUCUCCCCAAGCCGAGAUCAUCGCCAUUCCUAAAUACUAGGACCCUUCCAUUCCAAAUCCGCCUGCUUUCCAGCGAAACAAGAGCUGCCAUCGAGAAAGCAGUGGCAUCUGCACCGGUUGUUUUGUUCAUGAAAGGGACUCCAGAAACACCACAGUGCGGAUUUUCAAGGGCGAGCAUACAGAUUCUUGGACUACAGGGGGUGGAUCCAAGGAAGUUCACCGCAUUCAAUGUUUUGGAGGACGCGGAGCUGCGGCAAGGUAUUAAGGAAUAUUCAGACUGGCCCACCAUCCCACAGAUGUACUUAAACAAGGAGUUUGUUGGUGGGUGUGAUAUCCUGAUGUCCAUGCAUCAAAAUGGAGAGCUGUCCAAACUCCUGGAGGAAAAUGGGGUUCUUAUCCCUGCCGAAGAAGACAAUGAAGCGGAUCAAAAAUAAGAAAGAAUCCCUAAAAAAACGAUAUGUUUCUAUAUGGGAAAGGAAAUCUUGAAGAUCUUGAUUCCAGCAGCAUAUUUUGUACAGUAUAUAUAUAUAAUUUUUUUUCUAGUUUACUCACCUGAACGGUUUCUCGCUAUUUUGAGCUGGUUCUUCCCCUCCUUUUCCA